AUGAUGUCAUCUGGUGAGCGAGCAGCUUCUUCAUCGUCCUGCACUUCGGUCAACACUGUCUGCUCGGAGGGCGAGCGUCCCACCUCCUUCUCUCUGUCGUCCUCCACCUCCUCCGUCUCUCUGCAGGACGCCUCCCACUCCUCCUCCUCAUCCUCUUCAUCACUCCCGUACGGUGCCGUGUCAGCCUACAACGCCUCCUCCUCAUCCUCAACGGCCUCUACGCCAAAGAGGAACAGCUCCGACAUCAGCCUGGACCUCACUCCCAUUGUCAACAUGCAUGGAGGGGGAGGAGUUACAAAGUUGACAAGUAUAAGCCACACCCCUAAUGGACACAUAGCCAAUCAGGUGUCAGCAGCUGUGGGAGCCACGCCCAGGCAGCUUUCCCGUUUGCAGAGGGUGGUACUGGAGAUCGUGGAGACAGAGCAAACCUAUGUCAGAGACCUGAGGAGCAUCGUGGAGGAUUAUCUGGGUUGCAUCAUCGACUGUGGAGUUCUGCCUCUGAAACCGGACCAGGUCAGCACUUUGUUCUGCAACAUCGAGGACAUCUACGAGUUCAACAGUGAUCUCCUGGAAGAUUUGGAGCGAAGUCCUGAUGCGGCGUCCAUCGCAGACUGUUUUGUAGAGCGGAGUGAAGCCUUUGACAUCUACACCUUGUACUGCAUGAACUACCCAAACUCAGUGGCGGUUCUGAGGGACUGCAUGAAAAAUGAAAAUCUGGUUCGUUUCUUCCAAGAGCGGCGGACGACUCUGAACCACUCGUUACCUCUGGAGACGUACCUGCUCAAACCGGUGCAGAGGAUCCUCAAAUACCACCUGCUGCUGCAGGAGCUUUCCAAGCACCUGGAGAAGAGCGAGCCUGGGUACGAAGUGGUGGAGGACGCCAUCAUCACCAUGACGGCUGUGGCGUGGUACAUCAACGACAUGAAGAGGAAGCAGGAGCACGCCGUGCGGCUGCAGGAAAUUGAGUCCCUGCUGAUGAACUGGAGCGGGCCGAACCUCAGCGGCUUCGGAGAGCUGGUUCUGGAGGGUUCCUUUAAGGUGCACAGAGUGAAGAAAGAGCGUGCGUUCUUCCUGUUUGAUAAGAUGCUGCUGAUCGCCAAGAAGAGGCUGGAUCAGUUCGUCUACAGCACACAUAUUUUUUGCUGUAACCUACAGCUGGUGGAGAACCUGAAGGAUCCGCUCUGCUUUCGAGUGUCAGAUCAGACGAUUCCUAAGCAGCAGCAACACGUCGUCCAGACCAAGAACCAGGAGGAGAAGAGGCUGUGGGUGCACUACCUGAAGAGACUCAUCAUAGAAAACCAUCCGGCUUCACUCCCGCAGAAGGCGAGACAAGUCCUCGGAGAUAACUUCUGUCAGACUCCUCAGUUCGAGCAGGACAACCUGACGAAGUUGUGCGCUUCACCGCGACUAGACGACGCUCACGGUUCUCACCGAGGGAGACGGCAGUCAGAACCUUCAGAACUGCUGCUUUACACACCUGAGAAGUCCAGGAAG